AUGACUGACUGUGAGGAUCUUCCUCCAUUUUCAAUCAUGAAUUUUCCUAUUCCAAAUGAUCUUACUUUCCAGAAAUACUGUAUUGACAAAUAUGGAUCAAUCGAAGAAUUAAUCGAUAAGGCAAAGAAAGGCGAAAUCGACGCCCAAGCAGAUUUGGGGUGUGCUUACUCAGAGGGUUUUGGCGAUCUCUUGCCGAAAGAUGACGACAAAGCAAUCGGAUGGCUUAGCACUGCUGUUGACAAGGGUUAUGAAAUUCCCGCCUUCCUAGGAAAACUUGGGGAGUUAUUAGAUAGGAAAGGAACCGUACGACAUCAGCAAAAGGCUUAUGAGAUGUAUCACAGAGCAGCGAAACUAGGAUGCAGAAAUUCACAACUCAAUCUUGCAGAAAUGUAUCGAUGUGGAGUUGAAGGAGUUGUGAACGAAGACAUUAAAGAAGCUUUUAAAUGGUAUAAAAUGGCCGCUGAUGAAGGUGCGAGUGAUUAUGAAUUGGGAACAGUGCAAAAAUUGCUGGCUGGGACGAUGAGAAAACUCGGGAACGACUCAAAGCUAAGGUCUCUGAAAUGUCUGUAUAAGUAUUAUCUUGAGGGUGAAUGUCCGGAAGGCCGUCCACAACCAACUAAAGCAAUUCAUUACUUGACAAGAGCAGCUGAAAUAGGCGAUACUGAGGCUCAAUGUACCUUGGGGCAGAUAUACUUAAAUGGAAGUUGUGAGCAAAUCAAAGACGUUUCAAAAGCAAGAAGGUGGCUCAAGAAAGCGUCCGCAAAUGGUGAUGCUGUGGCAAAACAGGUCGGUCUAAUAUGGAUCUUAUCAAUGUGUUAAAAAACUUUUACACGUGUUAUUUAAAUUUGAAAAUUGCAUGUGUAUUGGUUUUGUUAGCAGUAACAAGUGAUUUUUAUUGGCCUCAUGGGCCUUCUUGGCUCAUGGUUUCCUUAACUUCAUAGGGGCUCACAAAACUACCUUUCUGCUUUAAUAACCACGCAAAUCGUGUAAAUAAGUUGACAAAUUGGCAACUUGAAUUUUAGAUCACACCUCAACAGGGCUCAAAAAUAUUUUGACCUGGUCGUGAGACAAGUAGAUUUUCCUACUGAGCAAGUAACUGUAUGUACAUGCUUACUUUCCCAAGAGGCAAGGGCCCAUGCCAGUCACAUUCUAGCAAGUUCAUAAGGCCAUCCUCUUUUUUUUCUCCGUUCAGCAUCGUGCGACAGACCCAAAUUUUUGUCAUUUUCAAAGGAAAAAAAAAAGGGUUAUGACGUAGUAAGUUAAACCAUUUUUCAAUAGGAAUAAUUCUUUUAAUCCAUCUGAAAAAUGAUCAUAGUAACACCAUAGAGAAAAACAGGAACAUUUUUUACAGCAAAUUGUACAUUUUGUUAAUCCAGUUAUGUGAAAGUUAACUUUUAAUGUCGUCCCAGGGUACUAGGUCCUCCUAUUCCGAGACUUCUUGUGAUUUUUUUUUAGUUUUUUUUUUCAAUCCAACCGACUGACCCAAUAUCAGGAAAUGCAUUCAACGCUAAACGAAAAAAAAGGGGAUGGCCUAAAAUGAGACAAUGGUACAAUGGUUACAGGUAGCAAAAUUCAGAGCUGCUUGCUUUCAGGACCACCUGGAAUUCAUUUGUCUACUUGUUACGUAGCAGCUUGGUAGUGUUCUGAAAUGCUAUGGAAUCAUUACGCUUAUACAAACAGAAACCAUCCCAGUACUUUACUCAGGGGCACCCAACAACUGUUUUCUGUGAAAUACCUGUUCGGAGAAGCAAAUAUUGUCUAGAAUAUUGCUUGAAUAAUGCCAAAAAAUUUCUAGAUGAGCUUUCCAUUCAGGUACAGAAAAAAAAAUUCCUACGAUUUUCUGAAGUUUAAUUUUUCAUAUUUUACUCUUAUGUUAGGCUAAUUUUCGUAGAAAAAGGAAACCUAAACCUAGGGAAAUCUGUCAUUUGGGUCUGUGAAAGGGCCCAAAAGGGCUAACAGAUGAAUUUUAUGGCUUUCUAAAGUCAAGAAAAUGUUUCAUUUUGGUGAUUGAGUCCUAUUUAAAAGACAGCCCAUUUACAGCAGUUAAAAGGGAUGCAAAGUUCUAAAUGAGGUAUGUGAAAGGGGUCCCAUUUGUCAAUAAAAGUUACAUGAGAGGGGUAAUAAUAAUAAUAAUCAUCUGUAUUGAGGAAACUUUUUCAUAAAAGAUAUGGUUUUCAAAAAGGACCUCAAAACUAGAUAUAUAUUAUAAAAACAAAAAAAAAGCUAUAAAAUUGCAAAGGGAUUAAAAAGAUACAAAAAAUGCAUAAAAAAUUAAAAAUAAGUAUAAGUAAAAAUUAAACGUAAGUAGCUAUAUCAAAAACUUAAAAACAUUACGUUUAAACAUUACAUUGGGUACCCUUUUUGGGGAAAAAAGGGUAAGGGGUUGGACCACAGGUGGCUGAGACAUAGUGUGUGUCAGUAAAAUGGACAAAAUGGGAUGAGCAAUGGAAUCUCCCAUGAACUAAAAUAGUCCAGAAGUCAAAAUAUAACAAAACAAAGCUAACAUUACAUACCUUUAACUGAACAUCUCCUUGUCUUUUCUGGCCAGUUAAAGUGGCAUUUUGUCGAGUUUUGUAAUCGUAGGUUACUAUCCACUAAAGAAGAAUUAAAGGCUGGCUACAAAAAAAAUGGACCAUCUCCACGCAAAGCGCUAUAAAUUUAAGAAUAAUCGACGAAUCCGCUCCAAAUUGCCAUCGGCUAAUCUGCAGGUAAAGUGUGCUCCGGCUUCUUGCUCGCUGGCCCCCCAAACCCAUCACAUCUGCACGAUAAUCGCAGCCUCGGUCAUCAACAAAAACUUGACCUUUACGGUCCGCCAUGAACCACAUAACAGGCAGGAUUACUACGUGAUUUGAAUAUUCAAGCAGAGCAGCCAAGUCUGCGCGACAAGACAGCACUUGCUAUAGGGGGGAGCCUCCCUGUAUAAACAUUAUUUUGUUGAGUACAGUAGGACUGUUGUUGUUGACAGUGACUUACAUUUCGACAACCUUUGCGGUAGUCAUCUUCAGAGACAAAGUGAGUUGUAUCACAUCAGUGGAUUGUAUUAUGCUAUAGUUAAUAAUCUGAUUGGUCAAUUACGUCGCGACGUUAUUGGUCGUCUGUCAGUUAAGCCAUGAUGUUAUUGGCUAUGAAGACUCGUAAACAGUAAUUGGUGCGUUUCGAUCCGUCUAUUGUCACAGUUAAACAGUCGUCUGUUGUUAGUCAAAUUGUCAGUUCUCCAGUCGUUCUCUUGUGGUUAGUUUUGCUUGAUCUUGUCAAUAAGUCAUUUGUACAGCGCUGGUAACUGGUGGCUACGAUUCAGUGGCGUUUGUUCUAAGUUAGUAAAUCAGCUUUCCAAAGUAAGACAUUGAUAUAAUAGUAGUCUGUAGAAUACAUUAUACAUGUCGCAGAGUCCCAGUCAAUUUGAUGUUUCGUCUGUAAAUGGUGCUCAGCAAUGUGAUUGUGUUCGGUCAGUCACAUGCUAAGGUUUCUGCCGGUUUCUCCAGUGUAAGAAGCCUGGCAGUGGCAGCAUUUGAUCUUGUAUACUGCUCCCUGUCUGUCCUCUGGUUUGUCUUUGUCCUUGACAUUAGUAAGCAGUCUUCGUUAGUGGUUAUCGGUUUGUGUGCAACACGUGUAUUGUAAGUUUGUAACUAUACGUGCCAUAGUUUCAGACGUGUCUGUGAUGUACAGUAUAGUCACUGUCGUAACAGGGCCAGAUUUGACGUAGGUCUGGGUGUUGGAAUCAGUGUUACUGUGAGUGUUCCGUCAAACGAAGUCUGUGUUAUAAUUGUUCUUACUAAAAACGUUGUUAAGAUAAUCAGUCUCGUCUUGUAGGCUGUCAGGUGAGUUGCAAACUAGUUGCGCUCGUCUUGUCAAAGUCCGGAUAGUCGUAGCCUUGUGAGAGGUCGGGUUGUACAAAGACUGGUCUAGUAAUCAGUCGGUAUGUGUCGGUUUUCUGUGAAUAGUCGUUUGUAGUUUGUUGUUGUAGCGAGUGACCAAGCAGUCUGGAAAAGGUAUCUUACAAUUUUCUUCGACCUCCUUGGUGAACUGUAUGUCUACGUUCUGUCUUAAGGUGUUCGUGAAAAUCGUUGAUUCCGUCUUUGUGUACGGCAGUGAAUGUGUCCUCAACGUAACAUAACCAAAGAGGUAUAGUUUGCAUGUAGGUAGCUAGGGCUUGUUCCUCCCUUUCAACAGAAACUGGAGAGCCCAUAGCUUUACCUUGUAACUUGUGGUAGUGUUUGCCGUUGUACUGAAAGUAUGUCGAAGUCAAACAGAGGUUGAGUAGGUCCAUAAUGUCUGUAGGUAGUGGUUUUCAACAGUAGAGUUCUUAAUAGCAUUAACAACGUUAUCCUUAGUAGCGUUCUUAACAACUUAUAUCAUCCACAUUUUUUCUUCUUAAAAAAUGUUUUUUGAAUAGCCAUUGAAAGUAAAUAACACCAAUGAAAAGGGGGUCACCUUUCUUGUUUAUUGCAACAAUUAGAGGAUAAAGGGGCAAUUUUGGCGUGAAAUGAUGAUUUUGCAAGUGACUGGGGGAAACAUUGCCAUCACCUUUGAUAAUGCAACAUUAUGCACAGUUCCUGCAAAACAAGGAAAUUACCUUAAUGUGCACUUAAUUUUUUUCAGCUUCUUAGGAAAUGUGAAGAAGUGGAGGAUAAACCGCAUACUGCAACAGAAUCAAAACCAGAGGCCUUCAAUCAGUCACUUGAAAUCAUGGCAGAAAAACUUAAGCAAAGAUCAGAGGCAAAACAACACCCAUUCGCGAUCACUGAGCCUACUGCAUUUUCAGAGGAAAUGCUCGGUGAGUUUCAUUGGUCCCCAACAGCACGGAUUUAUCUUCAGGCUUUCAGACUGAUAAACCAGGGGUUUGACAUUCUGGUCAAGAGUAACUUUGCUGAUGAAAGAGGGAUUUCUCUUAUGGCUCAUGGGUAUUUGACUGAAAAUUCUAUACUACAAGCUUUUCCUUAUAUACAUCUUUCGUUGCCUGACAUUUUUCACCUUUGUGAGAAAAGCAUGCAAAAUAACCGGAGUUUCUUUGAAGCCCUUGUGGUAGCUUUUGCCUUCCGUUUUUAUGAAUUGAAACUUUCAAAAGAGACACAUAUCACUGACGAAAAAACGGUGAUGUGCAUAACAAAUGUGAUAGAUUUCAUUCAAAAAGCUGAACCUAACAGCCUUCCAGCUGAAGAUGCUUUUAGAUUUGACCAAAGCUACAGUAGCUGGCUUCAUGUCUUAUAUGACCACUUGGCAUCACUUUAUAUUAUUUACAAUAACUAUGAAGCAGCAGCUGAAGCUUUUGAAAAUUCCCUGAAGUGCUGUCCAACCUAUUUUCCAAGCAAAAGAGGGCUUGGGUACUGUUUAUUGGCUCUGUAUUCCACUAGAGUUUGCUCUGAAAAGAAAGACUCAGCUGCAGCCUCAGAAAAGUGCAAGCACUUUCAGAGUGAGGAGCAAAUCGCAGAGGAGCGAGAAAUUUCGAAAUACCAAUCCUGGACCACUGAAGAGUUGGGAGAUGCGGCCAGAGAAAGAUUGGAAGAGUUUCUGGCAGAAGCACCCUCUUGUUGGAAAACAUACCCAAAUGUUUGUUAUUACCUUGCCAAGCUUGCUCUGUUGAAGUCUGACAUGAAGGAGUUAAAAAGGUAUUAUGAACAAGGCCAAGAUGCUGAAGAAAAAAGGUUGCCUUUCCUGAGACGUGUUGAUAUACCUCUCAAGGAUAUACUGUCUCCGAUGUACCAGCUUUUUGCUGAUUUACCGGAACGGGCCAGGUGUGGCAACAAAGCUUGCACCAAAAAGGUCAAGGAAAGUGAGCUGAAGUCGUGUGCUGGGUGCAGAACCAAAAAAUACUGCAGCAAGUGA